AUGCCCAGCCUAUACACUUUGACUCUCAUUGCCGGCAUUGCCUUGGGCGUUAUUGUUGUAAGGCAUGUGUUGGCAUAUCUCACAUCGCCGCUCAAAGAUAUCCCAGGGCCUUUUCUGGCCAAGUUCACAAACAUAUGGCGGUUGAUCGACCACUACAAUGCCACCCAGAUCAGCACCCAGAGACGGCUUCACGAAAAGCUGGGCCCUGCUGUCCGGAUAGGGCCCAACGUCGUCAGCCUGAGUGACCCAACUCUGCUCAAGACUGUCUACUCGACUCGUGGGGAAUAUUUAAAGAGUGACUUCUACUCAGUCAAUGACGCUGUGCAAGACGGCCAGGUCAUCCAAAAUGUCUUUGGCACACGGAGCAACGCCUUCCACACCAAAUACAUGAGGCCGAUACAGAAGCUGUACUCAAUGAACAGCAUGCUCGCCAUGGAGGGCUUGGUGGACAAGACAAUCAGAUCCCUGUGCGAGCAGCUCGAGAACCGCUUCAUGGACGGCAGGAAUGCGAACAAGGCCUGCGACCUCGCCGACUGGAUCGAAUUUUACGCAUGGGACGUCGUCGGCGAGGUGACGUUCAGCAAGGACUUCGGCUUCCUCAGGGGCGGCAGCGACCAGAUGGAGCUGAUCCAGACCGCCGAGAGCAUCAUGCACUACUUCGGGGUCGUCGGCCAGAUGCCCGCGCUCGACGGCCUCCUGGGCAAGAACCCCCUGCUCUCCGGGCCGGGGAGCCCCGUCGGCUUCCCCAGCUUCGGGCGGGCCGCCGGGUUCUGCUACGAGCAGCUGGCGGAGCGCCUGUCCGGCCACGACCCCGAGAAGGACGCGGGGCGGCUCGACUUCCUCCGCGAGUUCCUCCGGGCAAAGGAGGAGAACCCGGGCGUCGUCACGGACAGUGAGGUCCUGGGUUAUCUCCUGCUGAACAUCCUGGCCGGGGCUGACACCACAGCCAUCGUGCAGAAGGGCAUCAUAUACUACCUCCUCAGGAACCCGACGGCACAGGCUAGGCUCCGAGCCGAGCUAGACGCCGGCGGCGUCUCGUCCCCCGCGUCGUUCGCCGAGACGAAGGAUCUCGGAUACCUGGACGCGGUGGUCAGAGAGGGCCUGCGCAUGCACCCUCCCGUGGGGAACAUCCUGGAGCGCGUCGUGCCCGCCUCGGGCCUCCCGCUCCCCGACGGGCGCGUGAUCGCGCCGGGGACCAUCGUCGGCAUGAACCAGUGGGUCGUGUCGCGGAACAAGGAGGUCUACGGCGAGGACGCGGACGUCUUCCGGCCCGAGAGGUGGCUGCGGGGGGACGGGGAGGCGGCCGCGGCGUAUGAGGCACGGCUGAGGAUCAUGAGGGAGGGCGAUUUGUCCUUUGGCGGGGGCAACCGGAUAUGCACGGGCAGACACAUGGCGUCCAUGGAGAUGUUCAAGGUCACGGCGACGCUGUUCAGCCGGUAUGAUAUUGAGCUCGAAGACCCUAGCAUGGACUGGACUGUCCAUCAAUGGUGGUUCGUGUUCACCAAGGAUGUGAGAGUUAAGAUAAGUCGGCGAAAGUAG